AUGGAAAAGCUUCCUCGCGAAUACGAUGAUUCGGUGGCCGUGUACAAGGCUUACCUCAACUACAGUACCGCGACCGCGAACUUCGGCGGCAAGACAUUUGAAUUUUUUCCAUUAGAAAUCAUCGAUGAACUCGUUUCGAGAAACGACAUUGAGAACUCACUGAAAGAGACGAACUAUCCAGGCAGUAUGCGUCUGUUCGCUCUCGCUGUUUACUACGACGUAUCGUUGCCUGACCUCAACCUCUUCAUAACAAAUCACAGUGACAGCAAUCUUCCAUUCCCACCAGAUCAUCGACUAGGGAAGCCUGGAGGACUACCAGGCCAUAUUUUCGAGGCUAUUCGCCACGUUCAAGAUCGCUCUCUGGCUCCUUUCUUUCGCGAUAUGCAAUACAGAGACGAUUUCACAGGUCACCUCAUUCCCCUUGAGUUCGCCAAAGGCAGUAAGCCUGACAUCGGCGAGGGAUCUGGAGGUAGAGUCUAUAGAGCCAGAGUCCGCUGCAGCCACUUCUCCCUCUCGAGAGAAGGCCAGCUCUCUCAUGGCUGGUCCAAGCACUUUGCCCUUAAAGUCAACAAAUUUAGGAAAGAUGCUGAACCAGAGCGCGACUUCCUUAAGAUUCAGGCCAAAUAUCACGCUAUGCACAAACACAUCACUACAUUCUACACUGGCUUCGUGUUUGAACAGAAUAUAUACCUCAUCGCCGAGCUGGCAGACAGCAACUUGGACGGUAUCAUGGAGAAGUAUCCUGAACCCAGGGCUGUCGGCAAUCUGGAUCGCGAGUGGCUUUUAGCACAGCUUUAUGGCCUCGCUAGUGCUCUAUUCACUCUCUACGACAUUUUGCUGUACCAUCACGACAUCAAGCCAACCAAUAUCCUAGUAUUCAACGAUAUUUCUGCUGGAGUGGAACACAGACUGAAAUUCACUGACUUUGGCUCUGCAGGCGAUGGUAACAGAUAUCCCUGCAAAACUUCUAGCCCGACCGAAAGCAGUACAAAGUCGAACAUAAAAGUGACUACACCAACGCUGCCACCAGAGACGCACGAGAAGAGAGACCAAGGUGGAUUGUAA